CAAGGUUGAGAAGAAAACAACAUAAGCAAGGAAGUGAGAAAAAAAAAAUGACUUCCAUGGUUUCUCUCUUUGUCAUCUUCUUCUCUUCUCUGACCCUUCUCUCCAUUGCCAGUGCUGCAGAAGAAAGAGCCCCCCAUGGCUUAGCCAGAGAAAACCCAAUGGCUUUUCCACCAUCAGCCUAUAAAUUUUUUCAUCCAACCAACCAAAACCCUAUUGCCAAAGACCCCUGUAAGGCAUCCAAUUGCUCACCAUUAAUGCCUAUAGCAGCCCAAGUGCAAGCAACUGAAGCACUUGAGAGCAAAGUUUCUGCAUCCCAGAAUGGAAGGACCAGAUUGGGAGUUGGUGGGAUUGCUGGCAUUGUGUUUGGUUUAGCAUUUGCAGCCUUUGUGGCCAUGGGUGUUUACCGUGUACUUGUCUCACGUAGAGAAGAUAUGAGGAAAGCCAACACUGUCAAACCUGAUGUUCUCACUGCAUGAGGUUUCACAGCUUGACCAAAGCCUCGAACCCAAUUUCAUCUCUCUAUGGAUCUUUCUUUCAUUGUACUAAAACCAGAUUAUUUAGUUUGUAGCUAUAAUUUAUUAGUGAUUAGUUGCAUGGUAAUUACGAGUACGACAUGUUUACUUAUCAAGAAAGUGUUUUAGAAGAAAAUGAAUUAUUUCAA